AUGAUGACUUCUUCCCACCCAUCACCAUCUUCACCUUUCCAACCCGUCUUCUCCUCGAAUCAAUAUUGGGAAGCUUCUGCUCCUACCACACCAACAUCUCAUCAACCUUUCUCACAUAGAUUACGAUCAACCAUGAGUCACCCAUUCUCAUCAACAUCUUCCGCUUCUAGCUCGAGGUGCGCCAGUCCAUCUGGGUCUUGGUCCGCUUCUCCAGCAAUGUCACCUAACCCAUCAAUGUCGUACCAUUCUCGUGAAUCGACCGCGGAGAGUGUCGAACUUUCGACGCCUUCUUCGUCUAGACGAAGACAUGGAGGUGGCUUUUGGACCUCGUUGAUACACCAUGGGAAACAUGCACCAAAGGAAUUGGAUCAUUCAGAGGAUGAGAUGAUGCAAGUUGACACCGUUGCUGAUUCAUUCUCAUUCACUCCACCACCUUCACGCCCAAUCUGUUCACUCUCAGCAUCCUAUCAAUGUUCCGAAACGUCCACUUUGAUCCCACCAUCUUUCUACCCUGGUCAAUCGAUUCCUGUCGUAUUGACAUUCGAACUCGAUCGAUUCUCUUCAUUGCCACAUUACCUUAACCCUACUUUAUCCAUGUCUCUCAUCGGUACCCUACACCUUCCAGGUCAAUUACCACGAACGAUCAUCUGCGUGUCCGUCUCCUUAUCAGAAGGAUUAGCAUUAUGGGCAAGGGAUGCUCAGCAGACAUAUCUUAGAAACCCACCUCAACCUAGUGAAUGUUCAAUCGACCCAACUUAUGGAUUACCAGGCGGUACAUAUUCUUUACCGCUUACUGUUCAAGUACCCUCCACACCUAGAUUACCACCCUCAUUCACCGUCCGAUCAUCUUCCUUCGCCGUCACCUACGCUCUGACAGUUACGCUCUCAUGCGACGAUCCAGCUUUCCCCAAUACCGGUGCCAGGGUGGUUCUGGCAGAUACAGCCAAACCAUUCGAGAUGAUGCCUGAGACCUUACCGACCAGAGCUCCACGAUAUGUCCCUUCUUCUUUCUUUGUGAAAACGGAUUUACCUAUCGAAUCGACUUUUAUGACUCCAGGUGAAGUCUUGCCGAUCUUACCUAGACAAAGUGUCAAAUGGACUAUACAUCCUCAUAUACCGACCACAACCUAUUCACCUACGUCAAUCAUCCCAUUCUCACUUUCACUCACACCACCGUCGGUAUCUGAUUUGGAAUUGGAAUUACCAUCUGGAUAUCGACCUUUGCAACCUACCAUGCAGGUUUUGAUUAGAUUAGCAUUAGUCAGAAGAGAACACUCCUCUCUGUCUAAACAGGAACCACUCGAUUCGCAAGGGAAUGGUCUGGUAAUCGAAGAAGAGAUCGUAUCAAGGUGGGGAUGCAUUGAAUCUUCGUUGGAGGAGAGAAUCAAAUUGAAAGAUAUCGCUUUACCACUUCUCCCUCAUGGAAGUACGACUUGGAAACAUGGUAUGUCAACAAUGUUGAAUGUCAACUCAUCGACGACCUCCCCAUCUCCGGAAAGUGAAGAACCAGGAGUAAGCGUCUCUUCGACAUUCCAUCUAAAUGUUACCUUGGCUUUCCUGUCUAUCACCCCUGGCUCACCCGUCUUGACGGAUUACCUACCAGCUGGAUUUUCAGACCUUGAGAAUGUAUCGAUUUCGAUCCCACGACCAGGAGAAUUUAGCGAACCUCUAUCACCCAAUUCGCCAGGGUACUUCAACAUAUCUCAAUUCAAGAGGUUCUUCCCUGGUACAGUCAAAACACUGCCCCUACCUAUCGUAGUAGGGUCAGUAUCUGAACCCAGAGGUGCAAUGCAUAAUAUUAGAUGGAGUGAUUUACAUUUAUCGAGAAAUGCAAGAGGUAGAGAAGUAGGUAGAAUGAUUCAUGGUGAAUCCCUCUCAAUGGAAAAUGGUUGGAUGGUCCCGCCUCCAUCGUAUAAUGAAGCUAUCAAAAUGGUCCCUUACGAAUUUAAAGUAGAAUUAUAA